CGAGCACACUCAAAUAUCUGUCAAACUAUGUGAACAUCAUUUUUCUUAUUUCUUGACUAUGGAAUCUUCAACCAUUCUACCACUGUCUCACUUCUCUAUUUUCUAUCACAAACCCCAUACAACCACCAUUGGAGCUUUUCCUUUCAAACAAUGGAACCAAAGACCAUCUCACAAGACUCUUCUAAAUUGUCAAAAGAUGUAUGUCCCAGGAUUUGGAGAAGCAUCACCAGAAGCCAAAGCAGCAAAGAACCUUCACAAUUUCUUUACAUAUGUUGCAGUGAGGGUUGUCAAAGCACAACUUGAGAGCUACAACCCAGAGGCUUAUAAGGAGUUGUCGGAAUUUUUGGAAAGUCAUUCUUUGAACGAUGGUGAUAAGUUUUGCGCAGCAUUAAUGCGUGAAUCAUCAACACAUAAAAGCCUAGCCAUGAGAAUAUUAGAGGUUCGUUCUGCAUACUGCAAGAGAGACUUCGAGUGGGACAAUUUACAACUAUUAGCUGAAAAGAUGGCUGAUGAAUCUAAUACAAGACUUAUGAGGGAUUAUGUGUUGGAAACAAGCGAUGUAGAAGAUGACAAAUGACACUGGGCAUUUGAAACAGUUUCCAUUAAGUUUUACACACGAUCAUGUCUACUUACAAUUUUAUAUUUCAUGUAAUGCAAGCCAUUAAUAUCGUGUACAAAUAUCAGAAAAAAAUUGCAUAUGCUGCUAUAUAGUACAAUGUAGUUGAAUGAAUAUAAACAUCUUACGAAGUAUUUACACAAGUCAAUUUCAUAUUA